AUGUCAACAUCUCAGGAUGGAAAGACCGUGGAAGAUCGAGUGGUGAGAAGAAAAGAUCGCGAAGCAUACCUUCGAUUCCUUGGGCUUCAAGGCCCAAGAAAAACUUGGCCCAACGAAGAUCAGGAGCGGAGAAAGAGCGAUCUCACGAAACUGAAGAAAUGGACGGCGAGCGGCCGUAUCAACGGUCUGAAGAUGGAAGUCUCAAAGUUCCGGGAUGUGGAGACAUUGAGCGUUUCCAAUGACGCAGUUUUGGCCUUCUUAAGCAACUCUUCUACUCCUUACCUAAUUCUGAGCUUGCUGCCUAAGUUAUCGGUCGAUUACCUUCACCGCCUCGAAACGCAUCUGGACAAGCAAUUCAUCAAAGAGUGGUUAAACUUCAUUGAUAGCGCUGACCAACAAAAUGGAACGAAAUGGAGUCUAGUAACCAACUCGGACAGGCGGAAGCGACUGAAAGCAAGAGUUCCUACAGCUCUUUCAGGACAUGCACAUCUCGGUUUGGAUAAGUCGGAAUGGGCUUUAACCAGUUUCCUUUCGUACAUAAUCUUCUUUUGGAGACCGAUUUGCGGAGUGGACCCGACGCCAUUAAGACGAGGGAAGGAUGUUUGUCUGGAAGAUAUCGCAUCGGCUUUCGAAAAGAACGAUCAAGUACGCGCGGCUAUUCGAGCUAUUUUGGAUAAGAAAGAUUGGAGGCCUGCCAUCAAGGUUGGAAUCAAGCUGAUUCAACAGAUGGACAUCGGCCCGACCUGGCCAUCGCUGGAAUCAAAAGAUUCUAGUGAAGGCCACACAAGAUGCUACAGGCUCCCCACGGGAGCAUGA